AUGGAGAAAUCUAAUGCGAAAUAUUUGAUCAUCUUGCUGAUAUUCAUAGCAAGCUUGAUAACUUUUAUGAUGAUCUGGCUGAGGAGAUGGUCAAUACCAAUUGAUGACACUAUAAAAGCGGUUCGAGAGUCUUUGAAGCUAAGUUCAACGACUCUUAGCUUCGGAGAAAAGGAGAAGACCACCAUUUACAAGGACCGCGAGGACAAGUUCUCUGAGGAACAAUUUUCCGGGUGGGACAACGAUUCUGACAAGCUGACUGAGUUCGCGCGCUUUGGAGUGAAGCUCCUGGACUUCUGCGCGACCUACAGUUCUUCCUACUGGGAGAACUACCAGACGAUUGUCACCAACAUGGUGGAAACCUUGAUAGCCAGGUUAGAGAAGGCGAACCCCAAGAAGCAGGAGUUUGAAAAAGCACCUUGGGGAGAGAACCGGUUUGCUUUCUUCGCGCUUGUCACCCGGUUCUUGGCGAUGUACGAGUACGUUGGAGAAGAGGACUAUCUAAAGUGGAAGUGUCAUGACCAGCUGAUGAUGAUGGUUCCGACGAUUGGACGCGCGUUGCAUCCUAUUGAGUUGGAUAAUGAUGAAGGAAUGAAUCUGCUGUAUCAAGCGGUUCCUAGACUCUGCUCCAACUACAUGUUCGACCGGGAGGAGUACCAGCGGGACCUCGUUAAUCCAAACUUUAUCAAGUUGAAGAAGUUCAUGAGCUUCGAACGGGUGCUCCAGGAAAGACCUCCUACUGAUGGAAUCUACCGUGAUGAUUCCUGGGUGGUCAAUGGCAACGUUCCGAGCUAUAGUGCGUUGCUUAGGUUCUACAAUUACCACGAACGAGUGUACCAAGCUUUGGGGUUCAAGACUCCGAUCAGGGAGAUUGCUAAGUCAGUGCUGGAGAAACUGAUGCAUCCGAAGAUCAAGUACCAGCCACUGGGACUGGUCAACAAUCUUGGGGAAGUUUUCAAUGAUAGAUUGUACUGGAACAUUGUUCCGUCUGCUAAUGGGGUGAACAUCAUGCCUUUUAUGGGUCUAGCUGUCUUCAAGACUGACGUGUUCCUGUUUCAUGUCAGGGUUCAGCGACCUCAACUGGCUGCUUUUGAAAUUGAAGAGUAUGUUGAUGUUAGGUUGGGUAUUGGCGCGCUUCAGAUGAGGAAGAUCUACCUAGCUAAUGGGAGGUACAAUAAGAUUUUCAAGUGGGAUGAUUUGAAACGCCAACCUGGUAUGAUGAGCUGGGUCAAUGAAGCUAAAGAUGUUGGCAAGGAGCUGAAGCUUGAUAAGAAUUUCAAAAUCAAGUCUAUCUACACUCGGCAGGGAGACAUAGCUUCCUAUAUUGGACGCCUGGAGGACAAAUUGAUAUUCUGGUACAACUAUUACUACUUUGGUCUUUAUCGGGCGUUUGUUACCGAAAUAGGGGUAGUCACCAGUAACGGGGUUCAGAUUUACCACAAAAUUAAUAGAGAAUCAGUACCGGCAGACGACUUGCAGUUGGCUUUUAAGGAUGAUGAGGGUCGGCUUUCUUGUGAAGUUACUUCUUACACAACUUGCCUGCAUGAUCAAGAUAAUGGCGCCAGGACGACAGUUAAUGUUGCGCGAGAAGAUAAGUUUAUCACCUGCAAGGCGGGAAAUUUAACGAUUGUCCAGUGGAAAAUGAUGCUCCAUAACAGUCCUGAUAAUUACGAAGUUAAAAUAAUAAGUACAGGCUUUUCCUUUAAGUACAAUAAAGUCAACUACAAUGGAGUCUUUCUUGAAAAAGGCAGGUACUAUGUCCACAACGGAACGUCUAUCGUUAUGGGCGGGUCAUCCAGCAGUGACCCUAAUGACUCUUUUACGAGUCAAAUUUACAUAAAUUCUCUUAAUAAAAACUACAAAUUUACCAGAGAUUCAAAGACAAUGAUGUACAAUGCUAACGUGGUUAAUUGA